UGGCGAGGUUCGAGGUCGGCUCCUCCCGCCUGAAGACGCGGAAGUGGCAGCCUCCGGCGGAGCAGCAGCAGCAGCAGGAGGAGCAGCAACCGAAGGAGCCAAAGAGGGAUUAGGUGGGACAUGGCGCCCACCGGGCUGAAGGCGGUCGUUGGCGAGAAGAUCCUGAAUGAUGUUAUACACAGUAUGAAGAAGGAAGGAGAAUGGAAGGUCCUCAUUAUGGAUCAUUCCAGCACCCGCAUCCUUUCCUCCUGCUUUAAGAUGUCAGAUCUUCUGGCUGAAGGAAUCACAAUUAUUGAAGAUAUAAACAAGCGCCGAGAGCCCCUUCCCAGUCUGGAAGCCAUCUAUUUGAUCAGCCCCAUUGAGACGUCUGUCCGUGCUCUGAUAAACGACUUUAAAAGCACUCCCACAUUCACCUACAAGGCUGCCCACGUCUUCUUCACAGACACCUGCCCAGAUGACCUCUUUAAUGAGCUCAGCAAGUCCCGGAUUACGAAAGCAAUCAAGACACUCAAGGAGAUCAAUGUUGCCUUCCUUCCCUAUGAAUCACAGGUAUACACCUUGGACAGCGCUCAAAGUUUCCAUCAUCUCUUUAGCCCCUACUGCAGGGAAGAUAAAAACAACCACUUAGAGAAGAUGGCAGAGCAGAUUGCUACACUGUGUGACACCCUGAAGGAAUACCCCUCAAUUCGCUAUAGGAAUGGUUCUGAAGAGUGUUGCCUAUUGGCCCAUGCAGUGUUGGCGAAGCUGAAUGCCUUCAAAGCAGACAACCCAACCAUGGGAGAGGGCCCUGACAAAUCUCGAUCACAACUUCUGAUAGUUGACCGCAGCUAUGAUCUGGUGUCACCACUUCUUCAUGAGCUCACCUUUCAAGCCAUGGCCUAUGACUUGCUCAACAUUGACAGCGAUACUUAUCGGUAUGAAUCCACAGGCAUCAGUGACUCCAGGGAAAAGGUAGUACUCUUGGAUGAGGACGAUGACCUCUGGGUGCAGUUACGCCAUAUGCACAUCGCAGACGUAUCCAAGAAAGUGACCGAGCUCCUGCGGACCUUCUGUGAAAGCAAAAGGCUCACCACAGAUAAGGCUAACAUUAAAGACCUCUCUCAGAUCCUGAAGAAGAUGCCUCAAUACCAGAAAGAACUUCACAAGUAUUCCACCCAUUUGCAUCUGGCUGAAGACUGUAUGAAUACCUUUAAGGGCACCAUAGAGAAGCUGUGCAGCGUGGAGCAGGACCUGGCCACAGGGGCAGAUGCUGAAGGGGAGAAAGUCAAGAACCCUAUGAAGAGUAUUGUGCCAAUUGUCCUUGAUACCAGUGUGGAGGCAUUUGAUAAGAUUCGCAUUAUCCUCCUUUGCAUACUUCUCCAGAAUGGCAUUAACGAGGAGAACCUCACCAAGCUCAUCCAACAUGCCAACAUCCAGCAGGAGAGAGACAUCCUCUACAAUAUGCACUGUCUGGGAGCCGCCAUCAUGCCAGAGGACACUGCUGGAAACCUGAAGCCUGUGAGGAAAGUGCGGUUAGAGCCUACUUACCAACUCUCCCGGUGGAUUCCCAUUCUUAAGGAUGUCAUGGAGGAUGCCAUUGAAGACAAGCUGGAUAAGAAGGUCUGGCCCUAUGUGUCUUGCCCUGCCCCUGGUCCCUGUUCCCAAACUGCUGUGAGUGCCCGUUUUGGACAUUGGCACAAGACCAAGACAGCAACUGAGUACAGGACAGGACCCCGUCUAAUCUUGUAUGUGCUUGGUGGUGUUACCAUGUCAGAGAUGCGUUGUGCCUAUGAAGUCACGGAGGCUACUGAUGGAAAAUGGGAAGUGCUGAUUGGGUCAUCCCACAUCCUGACCCCCAAGCAGUUCCUGGAAGAUGUACGCAACCUGACUGAGCAGACACCCCUGAAAACCUAAAACUUCUACUAGCCCCUAAGAGACUUGCUGGCAGCAGUUCCAUUAGCUACCUUUUUCUUCAGCAAGAUGGCUUCCUCCUCAUCAAUGUCUUUGUUUGAACUCUUCUGAGGCUGGCCCUAUCUUGAUCCAAUCUUAGGCCAGCUAUCAUGAUUGAAUUGACACUGGAAGAACCUCACCCAGAGCCUAGACUGAAGAUAGCGAUCUAUCUUUAUCUUCAUCUCUUAUGAUGUGGUUUCUGGACACCCUUUAUUUUUCUGCCCUUCCACAAAUAAGGGAAGAAAGGGGGGCUAUGUAGUUCAGGAAUAACUCUCUCCUACUCUUGCCUGCAAGUGAUUUGUUCCAUUACAUGAGGACUUGGCAAGAAAUCAGUUCUUUUAACUUGACCUACACAACUUUGAGGCUUUCAUCAGAGCCUGAUUUUUUUCUUUUCUUCCCCCCCCCCCCCCCCAGCAAAGGAGAUCGAUCAACAAAAGUGAUUGCUUGUUCCUCCUUUACGGAAAUGUUCUGGAACAAACUGUCAUUUCUGGAUUCCCACAUUUAGAAGCUUGGCUGUUCUUUUAACACUUAGCUUGAAAGGAUGAUUGAUUGCUGCUUUUAAAAAGCGGGAAAGAUGAUUUUGCUGAAGAGGUCAUGUGCAUUCUUCAUUAUAAUGAUCCUACAGCUCAGCUGAGGAAUCUCAGUCUUUAAAAUAAAUAUGAAACUGAAGAUUGUUGGCAUUAUCUCUUCUGCAGAGGACAAUUCAAGCUGUGAUAGUUAGGCAAGAAGAUAAUUUUUGCUUCCCAUAUAAAGAAUUGGGUAUGUCAGCCUUCAUCUUGGAAAAGUUACUGUGCCAGUUGAAAAUGGUAUUCUUUAUUUUGGCCUUGUCCCACAACGUACUACAAGGGGCUUCCUGAUAACAGCAUGGGAACAAUAGCCGGUCAAAAAUGUGGCAGCAAGACUGUUCACCAUGAUGCAGUGAGAUGUAUGCUACUGCUUUACACUCCACAAGUGUCUUUGCUUGUAUUUCUGGCCUUGGUUUAAAAUGUUAAAAUUAAACAUUUAACCAGAGCUGUCUCUUUUCAUACAUGCUGUCCAAAUGGUCUUCAGAAUACCUUCAGAUAUUUAACGUAUUUAUUAUUAAAAGAUGUUGCAAUAUUUUAAGUUUAGUAACUUUCAAUAAAUGUAUAAAGAUUAUUUACGCAUUUCUGAGGAGUUAAAGGUAUUAGGGAUGUUUUCAGAUGGUCCAACUCAGACACCCUCCCAAAAGGUGAGAUGGAGACCGUAAUGACACUCGUCCUAGAGAGACUUAUCUGUCAUAAAUGAUCACCUUGGAGCCAGAAUAAGUUUCCUGUGAAAAUAAACAAGGCUUCAUCUUU